AUGGGGGAGGGGGAGAAGGCCAUGAUCAGAGUAUUGUCCGUCACUGCCGUUGGAUUGGCCUGUACAGCGUUGAGGCUGUACGAGGAAGAGCUCAGGUCCCUCUUCACCUCCAGGCCGGCCUUCCUCAAGACCUUGGACCCCGCCGGGGCUGAUCCGGUCAUCGGCCGCGACGACGAGAUCGACCGCGUCAUCUGCAUCCUCUGCGGCCGGACCAAGAACUGCGCCGUGCUUGUCGGGGCGGCCGGCGUCGGCAAGACGGCCAUCGUCGAGGGCCUCGCCCAGCGCAUCGCAGCUGGGGCGGUCCCCGCCGCGCUCGCCGGGGCCCGCGUGGCGGAGCUCGACGUCGGGGCGAUGGUCGCGGGGACUCAGUGGCGCGGCAUGUUUGAGCAGCGCUUGAAGGAUGCCAUCAAGCUGGUGGAGGAUGCCCGUGGCAAGCUCAUCCUCUUCAUAGACGAGAUGCACAUGAUUGUUGGUGCUGGCGACCGAGACGGCACCGGGGACGCCGCCAACAUCCUCAAGCCGGCGUUGGCCCGUGGCCGCAUCCGUUGCAUAGGCGCUACCACAUCCGAAGAGUACCGCAGAUACAUCCAGAAGGAUGCGGCGCUCGAUCGGCGGUUCCAAAGGGUUGAUGUCGAGGAGCCGAGCGUGCCGGCGACCGUUGCCAUCCUGCAGGGGUUGAAGCACCGGUACCAAGACCACCAUGGACUGACAAUUCGCGACGAUGCUCUUGCUGCUGCUGCGCAGCUCGCUGGCCGCUAUAUUACCGGUCGCCAGUUUCCUGAUAAAGCAAUUGAUUUGAUGGACGAGGCAUGCACUACCGUGAAGUUGCAUAAGCAAAAAGAAGUUCAAAAUAAGGAUACUAACACUAUAAAUGCACCGGAAGAGUUAACCGUUGGUCCAUGCCAUAUUGCCCAGGUUGUGAGCCGAUGGACUAAAAUUCCGAUCACCACACUUGGUCGAGAGGAAGAGAAGUUGAGCCACCUAGCAGACAGAUUGCAUGAGAGGAUUGUUGGACAGUAUGAAGCGGUUAAUUUGGUUGCCCAAGAAGUGCUACGUUCUAGGGUCGGGUUUGAUCAAUCUGGCCAACCAAUUGGCUCUUUCCUCUUUUUGGGCCCGGCUGGUGUUGGAAAGACAGAGCUUGCGAAAGCACUUGCCGAUAAGUUGUUUGACAAUGAGAAGGCAUUAGUCCGCUUUGACAUGUCUGAAUAUGCCGAUAGUGGUUCUGUGUUACGUCUCAUUGGAGGACCUCGAAGCUACGAAGAAGAUGGACAACUCACCGAGAAAGUCAGGAGCCAACCGUAUAGCGUUGUUCUUUUUGAUGAGGCGGAUAAGGCACAUCCUUCGAUAUUCAAGGUUCUCAUUCAACUCCUUGAUGAUGGCAUGCUGGUUGAUGGGAAAGGACGCAACAUAAAUUUCAAGAACACUAUCAUCAUCAUGAGCUCAACUCUAGGAGCAGAGAACCUGUCAGCUAGAAUGGCUGGAGAAAACAUAGAAACUGCACGAGAUCUUCUCAGGAAACAGGUCGAGAAACGCUUUAAGCCUGAAUUUCUCAACAAACUGAGUGAAAUUGUGAUGUUUGAGCCGCUUUCACACGAUGAACUGAGGAAGAUCACGAGAAUCCAGAUGAAGAGGGUCAUUGAUACGGCAGCUUAUAAGGGCAUCUCUCUGCUUGUAACAGAUGCCGCAUUGGAUGUCAUUUGGUCAGAAGCACACGACACGGUGUAUGGCGCAAGGCCUAUUAAAAGGUGGAUGAAGAAAAAUGUGACAAGAGUUCUUGUGGACAUGCUGGUCAAUGGAGAAGCAUGUCAAGGCUCGACCAUCUCCAUCGAUGCCGCUGACGAUAAUAAGGAGCUGAAAUACCAGGUACAGAAGUAG